GUGCAGGGUUAUGGGAUGUUGGUAUGACGCGGAAGCAUCAACAACGUCUCGUGUCCUUUCGUACUCGACUUGACCAGCUGUGUGACUAUGAGGUAUGUUGGUUGCCAUACGGUGCUUUUCCUGCACAACAGGUGCCUAGGACUAUGUUUACUGGAUGUAUUCGCUAUCGAGGCAUCAUAGAACCAUAUAUGCCCGAUCGAGUUGUUCGACAGUUGGGGUUUAUACAGGAGAUUCCCGGUGACAUGAUUAGGCCAGAUGAUGCUCAGAGACCACUUAGUGUGAAGUCUUAUAGGGUCAGUUUUUCAGCUCAGAUGACCACUCUCAUGUGGGAUAGAUUUGUCCCCGGUGCUGCGUUCAGUCUUCUUCUUGGUGGAUAUACUAGAGUUCCACGUGGCGGAUAUACUUGUGCCCCUGACUACCUACCCUGGUUUAGGAGAGUUAGCCAUCCUAUCGUCACUCCUAAUGUAUGUUGAGGAUAAAGUCGGUCUUCCUGAGAGGACCAACGUUGAUUACGUAAGUUUUUUGUUAGUUUUUUUUUUAAUUUAAUUAUUUUUUUCCUAUUAUUUCUAUUAAUACACAAUUAUAAUGGUUUGUGCAGUGGGUAGGGCAAUUUAUGGUUACAGCGCAGCGAUCACUUAGUGAGUACCCUACGCUAUCAAGGGACACCAAAGUAAUGUUAGAGCAGGUGAUUAAUGAUUGGAAUACAAUAAAUGGACUUAGAGAUUAGCUGUAAUAUGUAUUCUAGCUUUGACUUUAUUGUUUUAUUAGACUAUGUUUUGGAUGUUGUUAGUGGACAUUUAUGUUUUAUCACAUUUGUUGAGAAUUAUCAAGUUGACAUUUAUAUAUUAUUAUUUUAUUUUCUAAUUACGUAGUACUUACUUAGUAAAUUUUUAAAAGAAUUGCUUAAAAAAAUUAAAAAAAAAUAAUCAUGUUUAUUAAUAAAGUUAAAUAAAAAUCCAUAACAGUACUCAAGAGCUAACUAAUGUCUGCCACAAUUGAAGCCUUCUCUCGUACCUUGCCUCCCAUCUGUGUACACUUGCCUGUCGAGCGUUAAACCACAUUGGUGAAAUUGGAGGAAGUGGGUGGUCUUGAUCCAUAUGCAAACGAAUGAAAUGCGAUCCACCAACAGUUCCAAUCACGAACUCUGCACUAGGCCUAUCUAAGCGUCCACGAUUGUUCAACGGUAAAACAGUGGUAGAUGGAUAGUAGCACGAUGGUCUAUUUCCUACUCCAUAACAAAUCACUACCACAUUCCAUAUUGUGGCAAUAGCAAACAAAUCCUACUGUGCUACCAUCCAAUGCUCCUGUCCACACGCAUCACCAUCCCAUCUGAUCCGGUCUACCUCCCUCUGCAGUCCUGAACCAACCUGUUGACCCCAUAUGUCGUAGUAAAUCAUG